AUGAGUUUGAGGAGCAAACGCAGCAGCAGCCGUUCAGGACUACGCGCAUCCAUGGGGUCCUUCAACAACGCGUCCAUGGGGUCCUACUCCAUCCCCAAGAGCAGCAACGGGUUCAACCAGGGGGCCUCCAUAACAUCCGUGACCGUCAACAAGAGCCUGCUCACCCCGGUCAACGUAGACAUCGACCCCACCGUCCAGGUUGUUAGGAACCAGGAGAAAGAGCAGAUCAAGGGUCUGAACAACCGAUUUGUCUCAUUCAUUGAUAAGGUGAGAUUCCUGGAGCAGCAGAACAAAAUGCUGGAAACCAAGUGGAACCUGCUGCAGGGACAGACCUCCGCCUCCUCCAACGUGGAGCCCAUGCUGAAGUCCUACAUCACCAAACUGCAGAAGCAGCUGGAGUUCAUCAGCAAUGACAAGCACAGGCUGGACAUGGAGAACGAUGUGGUGCACAAGAGUGUGGACAACUACAAGACAAAGUUUGAGGAAGAGAUCAACAAGAGGAAUGAGGCAGAGAAUGAGUUCGUCCUGAUCAAAAAGGAUGUGGACUCCGGCUACAUGUCCAAAGUGGAUCUGGAGGAUCUGGUGUCUUUUAUCAAUGAUGAAUUCAACUUCCUCAAGGCUCUGUAUGACGAGGAACUGCGUGAGCUGCAGGAAAGCCUGAAGGUGAUCUCUGUGGUGGUGCAGAUGGACAACUCCCGAGGCCUGGACAUGGAUCAGAUCGUGUCCGACGUUAAGGCUCAGUACGAGGACAUCGCCGCUCGCAGCCGUGAAGAAGCUGAAAGCUGGCACAAGAGCAAGUUUGACAAGAUGACUGCUGAGGCAAACCAGUACGGCGAUGAGAUGCGUAACACCAAGGGGCAAAUAUCUGAACUCAAAAGAAUGAUCGCCCGCCUGCAGAACGAGAUCCAGGCUGUGAAAGCACAGUAUACCAACCUUGAGGGCCAGAUAGUGGAGGCGGAGCAGCGUGGGGACGGGGCCGUGCGGGAUGCCAAUGCUCGCAUCAGGGACCUGGAUCUGGCUCUGCAGAGGGCCAAGCAGGACAUGGCUCUGCAGCUCAAAGAAUACCAGGAGCUGAUGAACCUGAAGCUGGCCCUGGACAUCGAGAUCUCCACCUACAGGAAACUGCUGGAGGGGGAGGAGGAAAGACUUGGACAGGACUCUAUUGUCAACAUCCACACAGUGGCCACCACAUCAGCCACCAACGUUAACAAAGAGAAGGUGCGCAGACCAAGUGCAAUUCUCAUCAAGACCGUGGAGAUCAACGACAGAACAUACUGA